UAUUUUUGUCUUGCAGUUGAAAUCUGUAAGAUUUGAGACAAAGUGAAUCUUAUAAGAAUGGGAGAUGAGCCAAGGUUUAGUGAGAAAUGAGAUUUCAGAAGCAAGAGAACAACUUUGAUGAUGAUUCAUCAAGCGACGAUCCAGAUUCAUAUUCAACUCACGAACCGAUUAUUCAUAACACAGAUCCUGUUCUUGACUCUCAUCAGCUAGACAAUGGAACAAAAACAGUGUCUACGGAGCAACCUGUGAAAACCCGGAAGAGAAAGAGCAAGAAAGAUGAGAGUAAACCGAAAACUGUUUGUGCAGAGGAGAAUACGAAGAAAGAGGAAACGGUAAUGGAGACGGAUGAAGUUGGAAUGUUUAUGAAGACGUUGCUUGAUGAUCUUACAGCUUCUAGAGAGAGCUUAAUGAUUUGGAUGAACACUGAAUUGAAUGGACCAUCGGAUCAACAUGUUGUGUCUCGACCACCUCCGAAGAAGAGAGCGGUUGCUGCGGGACAAGAGGAGAAGGAGAGUGAAAAACAGAGGAAACAGGGCGAGAUAUGUCAGGAGAUGAUCAAAACUAAAGAGAAGGGUUCAGAGGUUGUGCAGAACGGUGGAGAUCAAGCUCAACAACUUGAUUAUGAUGUUGGAACGUUGGAUAUGUUUCUCAGGAGCGGUCAUGAACAAGGUAUUGUUGCGCAAACUGAGAUCGAGAAUGCGACAGCCAUGAAUGAGAAGAAGAGUGUUGUUUUGGCCAUUGAAGCUCCAAAGCUAAGACAGAGACAAAAGAAGACGAGAGAAGCCAACACCAUCAAAAACAGAUCCGAAACAAAGAAAGAUGAUAACUUUGCGAUACAGCUGUCUUCAUCGCCAACGUUGCAGAGCUUUCCAGUAGGUUCUUCGUUGUUUCCUUCGUCAAGCCAAGGGGUUACUUCUUUAGCAAGCAACAACAGCUACCAACCGAUGCAACCACCGGUAGUAACUCAGUUCUCUGAUCUUUAUGAAUUUCAGACAGGAUUCACAGGAGGACAAUGAUAUGACAAGAGUUCUCCGUUUCACAACAAGGGUUACUUCUCUGGUUUUCCGGCAGCUUCCCAACCUAAUCUGAUGGCACAAGUGAAUCAUACGACUUAUUCAUAGCAGCGAGACAACAAUAAUAUGUUUGGAGAACUGCAGAUGGCUGUUGGAGCCAUACCAUAUUCCGGUAUCAGAUUUCAUGAAUCCGAAGUUGGUAACGGUAAUAACAGCCUCUCCAAUUACAGAACUAGCUCAGGUAGAUAAACCUGUUCCAAAGGCAAGAGCAACAAUUAUUAUCUACCGGUAGAGAUGGACCUCGGUGACUGACUUGUGUUCAAAGACGCAACAAAAAUGGGACUUGCAGUGUAAACUGUUGCUCAAAGCAACCUGAUUACUCAAUUAAAAACAGAAACUUAUUUCAAACCACCAUCCCGUUUUAUAUAAAAGUAUAUUGUAGCUCAAGUGGUUAAGUAAUCUCUAUGGGACAAUUAAA